UUCAAAUAGUAAUUUAAAAACAAUUUCUUAAGCGCCCAUUUGUUCAUCUUUCAAUCCUUUACACGAGUUUGAGAACUAAAGAAACAGAAAAAAUGGCACAUUUAGAUUUGGAAGGAAUAAGUCAUGAGAAGAAGAAAGAAGUGAUUCGAUUAGAGCGUGAAUAUGUCAUUGAAAUUACCAAGCCUAAGCUCAUCAUGAAAUUAGCCAACCUCAUAAAACUUAGUGCCGAUAGAGUUGAGUUUUUGAAACUUUGCAAGAGAAUAGAGUAUACAAUUCGAGCUUGGUACCUCCUACAUUUUGAAGACAUGAUGCAACUAUACUCCCUUUUUGAUCCUUUAUAUGGGACUCAAAAGUUGAAAAACCAAAAGUUCACUUCUGAAGAAAUUGAUGCACAUGAACAAAAUUUCCUGACGCACCUUUUUAAGGUCAUGAAAAAGAGUAACUUCAAGAUUGUAACUGAAGAUGAGCUUAAUGUUGCACUUUCUGGACAUUAUCUUCUAAAUCUUCCCAUUACUGUUAAUGAAUCUAAGCUUGACAAUGAGCUUUUGAAAACAUAUUUUGAAGCACACCCAUAUGAUAACCUUCCACAUUUCUACGAUAAGUAUAUUAUCUUUCGACGUGGCACGGGAAUUGAUCAAACAACAGAUUUCUUUUUCACGGAGAAAGUGAACAUACUCAUAGCACGCUUUUGGGAAUGUCUAUUAAGAAUAACUAGGUUAGAAUGUUUUUUAUCCAGAACAUCGCAAAUACAUUCUAAGAUGGAUCCGGCGAAAGAUAGUGAAAUAAAUUUAGAAACUCAUCAAGAAGAAGUGUAUGAAAGAGUAGGUCUUGAAAAUAUGUCUUUAAGCUUGUGUAACUUGUUGAGCAAGAAUACAAUCAAAGAACCAACAUUUGAUAGAAUAAUUGUUAUCUACAGGCGAGCUGGUUCGUAUUCUAAAUCAGAACGAGGAAUUUUUGUGAAGCACUUUAAUAACAUUCCAAUGGCUGACAUGGAAAUAGUUCUUCCAGAAAAGAGAAGUCCUGGACUAACUCCAAUGGAUUGGGUCAAAUUUCUUGGAUCUGCAAUAGUUGGGUUGGUUGCUGUAGUUAGUUCCGUGAAAGAGGCAACAAUUGACUUGAAGGUCAUGAGCGCAGUUCUCUCUACAGUAAUUGGCUACUGUGUUAAGACUUAUUUUACGUUCCAAAAAAACUUGGUUGCAUACCAAAAUUUGAUUACACGGACUAUGUAUGACAAACAACUAGACAGUGGAAAGGGUACCCUUCUCCACCUAUGUGAUGAUGUAAUUCAACAAGAAGUGAAAGAGGUAAUAGUUUCAUUCUUUAUUCUUAUGGAACAAGGAAAAGCUACAAGACAGGAUCUCGAUCAAAAGUGUGAGGAACUAAUUAGAGAGGAGUUUAACUUGAGUUGUAACUUUGACGUAGAUGAUGCAAUUGAGAAAUUAGAGAAGUUGGGUAUCGUCACCCGGGACACCAUUGGUCGGUAUCAAUGUGUUGGGCUGAAACGGGCUAAUGAGAUAAUUGGAACAACUACCGAAGAGCUGGUCGUUAAGGCAAAACAAGGAAAUGUCACUCCUUGAUAGUAUCAUACUUGUUUUUUGAACGUCUUGAUAGUGUGAUACUAUUGACCAAAAAAAAAAAAGAUAGUGUGAUACUUAACAAUACUUUUGUUUUUAACUUCAUACAUGUUUCAUUGAAAAUGCUUGGCCAUAUUUAUUAUUUUCAAGUGAAUAUGUAUAACUAGCACAGUAGCACUAUUACC